AUGCUGGCCACUUACAUUCAUUCUCGUGCACCUCGACUGAUCACCUGGUGGUCCAGUGAUGCACCAGAAUUGAGGGUGAGCAGUUUGCCAUUGCCAUAGGAGAAAAAUUCUGGUACACUCGCACUCAGCCGCUUAUAUGGCCAUGACCUUAAAAUCAAUGGCAACUGCAGGGUCCGACGAUCUUUGUAGUUUAACCCGGUUACAUUGCUACUUACAUUUAUAUAGUAGACAUGAUGGGUUGAUUAAAGACGAUUUAUUUGGAAAAAGCGUUUUUUGAAGCAUUCGCGACAUUGUGGAUAUUUCAAAAAGGUAGGUAAAAAAUUUUCCUAAGAUAGGCCUUGGGAGUUCCUCCCCAUGGGAUUUUUUAUUUACCCACUUGGGCAUUCCAAAUCAGGCGGAUGGGCCACUUUGGAAGUUGAUUUGGCAUCAGGGUGCACAGUAAUUCCGUCCUAACCACUCUUACAUGGUACCAGCCGUUGUUAUAUGUUGUGCCAAGUUUUUUGGCCUGCCACUUCAGCUCCUUACCUGUAAUUGGCGUCCCUCAUGUUUUUAUUGAAAAAAAACUUGAGUCAACGCCCCCCCCCUCACCCUCCCGCCAUCCUCAACUGUUGAACCUUUUGCUCACUUUUAGGACAGUAAUGUCGCUGGGUCUUUUUCUUCCGGUGAGCUGAAAACCUCUUCACGAUCGGAUCUGAAUGUGGAACCUCCUACCGUUCGACCCCAAACAGCACCCCAGCAGGGCAGGAAUAGUGGUGGUUUGGAAAAUUCAUUGGAUUUCAAUGACGAUUUUGAUUGGACCUCGCGAAAAUCGAGGAGUCGAAAGUAAGUUGCCCCAAUUUUAUCGUCGAUUUCGCGCCGUUUGUUUUCUGCUCAGGCAUAAAAGCAAGCGAGUUUGCCAACCAGUUGAUGCGGAAGACUAGCGUGGGAAAUCAUCCGUUUUUAACAGAGGAAGACAGAUUUGGCUGUCUCGACACUCUGGAACUUUUAGCUCUCCAAAUCGUGACAGAUAUUUAAAAAAACCACAUAACUUAAUGUCAUAACACAGAAUUGGCGAUUGGUACGGCUGUUGAUGGGGAAAAAAUGACACUUUUGGCUCCAGAUCUCCCACUGACAUAAUUUUUGUCCGUUCGACUGCUUGCCUAGAAAAGUGUUGUCCUUAAGCUGCAUAUCUCGCCUAUUUGUGCUUGGCACAGGUGUUGCCAUCCGCGAUCCAGCAUUCCUGGAUGGUACUGCGGAGAGUAGGCUUGCACGCAUGAUUACUAGCAAGAGUAGGUUCAUAAUUCGACCCAGUUUUUUCUCUAACGAUGAAGACCUCUCGCAGAAUAUUCAGGGUCCACCUUCAUGUCUUGGCGGUGCAUGCCGAACCGGGUUUUAGGAUGACCCAUUCGUCGCCUACGGUUGAAUGACUGUCUUAGAUUUUUUACAGCAACUUUGAUUUUCUACUGUGAGUUUUGUCGUUAAAGAUUUAAUAUGCCGACUUGUCAGCAAGCCUGCCUCAUUGAAUCCCGGCGCCUAAACUAAGACAUAAAUAAUGGAUCCGCGACUGACUAUCUGGGAUCUGUCUGAAUCACUAUCCUGCCUGCUAGACUAACAAUCUGCCACUAAAACCUCCUGCUUCUAAUCUCAAUGUCACACCACUCCCACGUCCCCCCCAUUACAGGACGGGGUCACUUUUUAAGUAGUCCCCUGCCGUUUAAUGCAUUCUGAACUGGUUUUAAUGAAUAAGAGGAGGUCCAUCUGCGAAGCGAUAUGUUUACUGAUUACUAUUCAAUUUGUCAUAGAUUAGCUGUCGCCGUAUCAGAAUGGCAUGAGAGGCGUGUUAGUAUUCUUUAGAUUUUCUUGAUUCAGUGCUGGUUUAUUCACUGGAAUAGACACACCUGAGGUCAAAGCUACGUCAGAAGAGUCGGGAUAACUCGGUCAUUCUUUGCGGUUCUAUAGCAAUAAACAGUAAGAUUAACGGAGCACAAUAGAGUUAAUAAGGCGGGUAAUAAAUUGAAAAGUGGGCGUACAUCCGAGGUGAUUAGAUGAGCAGUUAUUGAAUGACGCCAAAGUGCGGUGGUCGGUUUAAAAGCGAGUGACGACAAAGAGCAAUAGACAAUGGACAAAGAACAAUGAACAAAGAAUGACCAGAACCGACGAAUAAGGGUACAAAGGCAGGCGGUAUGAGUAAAGCCCGGUUACUAACAAACGCUUAGUAGCAAAGAAUGACAAGAAUAGAAACGGACAUCAAGGAUGUCACAAGGCGGACUUUUCGUCCAAAAGUGGAGGGCCGAGAAGCCUCAAAAAAUAACGUGCGCGGUUGCGAGCGCAGUGUAAGUCGGUAGGGUUGGGAGGUACGGGUGAAAUUCUCUGGAGUGCGAAGAUGAUGACCAUUUAGUGAACAGGCAAUCCAAUAGGCGUCGCUGCAGUUUUAGGACUCCAACCGGUAGCCACUUAGUCGGAAGGGGGAAGUAGUGUCCGUUUGGUGGGCAAACUGAUUAUCAUAAUUGAGCCAGCCAUCAUUGCCAUUAUAUUGUGGUCGCAAUUUAGUUGUCAAAUAAGCAUACAAGCCUACAUAGUGUUUCAUUUUUGGCGUAUCAGACGUCGUCAGUCGGCCAUAUUCCUGUCACGUUAAUUAAUUUUCCAAAUCACAACCGAUAGGAGAGCGAACUCGUGACAGAUUGACAGAAGGCCUUGGUUACUGACCAAUAAUCAAGGGCUCCGUGUUCGAGCCACGACUUAUCCCAACCUGGGUCCGUUUGGGAUUGACUGAUGAGGGUUAACAAGCCAGAAAAGAUCAUCCAAGUCUCCCUGACCUGUCUUAACGUUCUGUCUGCGUUCUUACUUUGGCUGCGCAACCGCAUGCAAAAGCUUUUGACUCGAGUUCCGAGGUAAAAUGGGGCAGGUUUGUCUGGUGUCAUCAGCAGAGUGAUGAAAACCCCCCUGAUGGAAUCUGUCUGUAAAUCCUCUGCGCUACAUGCGUGUGCAUGCUUGUGCUUCUAGUCUCAAAUAGUGGAAGGACGUCCAUCGAUCAGGUCGCGUGACGUGCUCGUACCGUUAGGCCUUGGGGCUCGGUCUAAAGCACUCGCAGGCAGUCGCAUAGCGACUACUAACAUAUGCAGAGAUGAGAUUACCGGCAAGGACAAGGGGAACUGGAUGGCAUUUCUGGCUUAUUAACCGUCGUCAGUCAGUUAUAUCCGGGUGACUUAGGAUUCAAACCCCCGUUCUUCGGUUGUUGAGCGUCGUGUGAUUCAACGUUCUACCAGACCGGGGGUGGCGUAUGGCUGGCCAGAAAUGGCCAUCUUGAUAUUCCUAGUCUUUAUCAUCACUUCUCUUUUUCAUUACAUCUGCACUUAUAUUACAUUCAUAUACAUUUCGCAAAUUUAUAUGUUCGUGUACAUGAUAAAUGGACUCUUACCGAUCAGGUUGCGGAACAUGCUUGUUCCGUUUUGCCUUGGGACUCGAGCUAGAACCCUCGCAGGCAACCGCACAGCAACUAGUAGUGGAGGUAAGUGAGAUAGUACCUACAAAGACAAGGGAGACCGGAAUGGCCAUUUCCGGCUUAUCAGCCGUCAUUAGCCAUUCUUACCCAGCUCCAAGUGUGGAUCACUUGAGAUUCGAACCCGGGAUCUUUGGUCGUGGAGUUUGACACUCUACCAUUGAGCCACGGGUCCGGUGUCCUGUCGGUUGUGAUCGGGAAUAUGAAUUAUGGCAGAUGGCCGCUUAACCGAUCUGGUUAUGGUUGGAACCCCAAGGCACAACGGGACGAGCACGUUCCCGUAAACAGAUCGGUUAAGCGUCCAUCUACUAUUAUAUAUAUAUAAUGGUGGAGGGGCGCUCACCGGUCGUUCUUACGGAACUCACUCGUCGUGCUGUGUCUUACGGGCUCUCUUUCGAGCCCAACCAGCAGCCGCAGAGCGACGAAUGAUAUAGGCAGAAUGUUAUUACCGACCAAGACAAGAGUAUGACUUGGUGACAACGGAUAACAAGCCAGAAACGGCCAUUCCAGUCUCCCUUGUGUUUGUCGGUAAUAAUAUUCUGCCUAUGUGUAUAUGUAUGCGUACAAGAAGAUAGUGGAAUUUUAAAGCUCAGUGUUAUAUUUUCCCUCUGUUUCGGACUCUGACUCAAGCAUACCACGAAGGAUAAACAAAGGUCAGCCAAGAUAAAAUUCAAAUUCACUCCCAUCUUCGACAGCGAUCUUCAGUCCACAGAUCGAAUUUUAUGAGUACUUGUGUUUGCAUUUUUGAAUGCUUAAUUUGCUUCAGACACUUUGCGAUCUGAAACUUCACUCACCUAGAUACGUAUGGUCAAAACAGUCUUGUAGUGAAUUCGCGAUAAAGUGCGACGUGCAACAAAGGGCUGGGAAGCGGUGUCUCUGCUGCGUACUAUGUUGUGAAAUUCAAACAAAGGCUUUUUCAAAUCCUUUGCUGUUGUCCGAUGCACAUGCUUGGAUUUUUUAGCGAAUUUCGUACGGAUCUCCAAAGGGCAGUCUCUGGCCUCUCUCUCCAUACUGAGGAUCAAAAUCCUAAAACGGGCGACAAAUCACCCAUUGGUAGGUGCAGCGGUUCAGAUUUUGUCGGCUUCCUCCUCCAAAAUCCGCAUAUUCGCAACUCAUCCUUUAUCUAUUUUUUUAUGCUACUUAGUAAGGAAAGUACUCAAAGCUGCGUCAUUAGGCGGCUGGCGUGCUUCAAUGAGUUUCUACCCGUCGGUACAGCGUGCGCACACAGCUUCGUUUGUGUUGUGGCGGGUGGUUGCUGUUGUAGCUGAGAAUUUGCAGCGUGUUCGUCGGUUUUCUGUAGACCGACGUCGCUAGCUCGCCAUUUGGUUGGCGGCAGACGAGAACAUCCAAGAAUGGAAGUUUGUCCUCGACUUCCUCUUCCAUCGUGAACUGUAGAUCGGGCAUGAUUGAGUUCAGUACUUCCGCAUAGUAGUUGAUUUUAUCCUGGUCUAUGAUCACGAAGGUGUCAUCAACGUAGCGUGCCCAAAACUUGGGUUUGUACUCCUCGAAUAGUCGUCUCUCGAGUUUUUGUAGAACCGCCUCGGCAAUGAGUCCGGAGAUUGGUGAACCCAUUGGAGUGCCCUUGAUCUGCUCGUAUGUGGUCCCUUCGAAGGUAAAGAAUGUCUUGAGGCAGUGCCCCAUGAGUUCUAUGAGAUCCUGAGCUGUGGGCUGGCCAUCGCCUCCGUCGUAAUUUUGACGUAGCAGGUCACUGAGCGUUUCGACCGCAAGGGUCUGUGGUAUGGACGUGAAGAGUGAGACGACGUCAAAAGACACCAUCCUUUCAUUCGGUUCGAUCGUGACUGCCCUUAUUUUGUCAAGGAAUUGUUCUGCUGAGUGCACCGUUGUUUGUGAGCCUGCAGUUAGGAAUCUUAGCUUCUGAAAUAGCCAGCUUGCAAGCCCGUAUGUGGGUGUGCCUCGGAGCGAGACGAUAGGACGGAGGGGAACAUCUGGCUUGUGUACUUUUGGGAGACCAUAGAAUCUCGCCAUAGCGGUUUCUGCGGGCUUUGCCAUAUACCAGUCUUUGACGGUGAUGACCUUGUCCUUUUUUAGUCGAGCCAGAGUUCUGUUAACCUUUGCCACUAGGGACUUUUGACUGGCGGCGUCGCUGACUUUGUAGGACUCUCGAUCGUUGAGGAGCAGGAGGGCUUUGCGUCGGUAGUCCACCUUGUCGAGGAUGACGGUUGACCGGCCUUUGUCAGCAGGUAGAAUAACUAUUUCGGUGUCCGCUUUCAGCUCCCUUAGGGCCUUUUGUUCAUCUCUUAGCAGGGCAUGGGUUUUCCGGUGCGACAUGAGAAGUGAAGAGACUUGAUGUCGAAGGAGGUCCUUUACCUCGUCUGUGGCGCCGGUUUGACGAAGCACUGAUUCGAAAGAAGCAAUGAAGGUGACCGGGUGGGCGUCAGUUGUGUUAAAACCAGAUCCACGUUGUAGAACUUUUGUUUGGGUCACAGUUAGUUGUUUUGACGAGAGGUUAUGUACUAUCGUUUGUUCGGUUUCCUGCUCUUGUGCGGUCUGCAGUGUCAUGAACUUUAUCGAUAAAUCCGCAUCUCUGUUAGCACGUUUCUUUCGUCCCAAUGCUAGUAAUGUGUUCUCCAAUGAGGCGGCAGUCGAUUCCCCACACCGGCGUGUAACAAGCAUCCGGUAGUUUUCAGCACUGUGUGCGUAUUUCUUAAGUCGCAGGUGACAAUCUUGUAUGAGUACCCUUGUCAUUCGCCGACUAUGGCGGAACACCGUUUGUUUAGCCAAUUCCGUGUUGACUGGAGGCUUGUAGGAGAGGCAUUUUGGCAUAACAUAGUUGGCAAGGCAUCUGUGAAGGAAAUGGAGCUGUGCAUAGGUCGAGGCCUGUCGGAGGACAGUUUUUUCCCAACGACGAGCCAGUUGAAGCGCUUCGCGCUCGUAAUUCACAUCAAUAGUAGUGAAAAUCCGAUUCCCAGGUGGCAUAUCAAAAGAAGAGUGGGCGUUCACCGGGAGGGGUUUAUUUGAGAUCCGACGUUUCGGGUAGUUUACUCGUCUACCCAUCUUCAGGGACUGAGAGGUCCUGUGCACAGCACUCCUUAUUAUGGCGCCCUUUGUCCAAUGCGUGAUCCGCCAAUGCCGCCUGUGUGGCUGCAUCCAACCCGCAUGUCACCGUUACCUGAAUCGCCCCCGUCGGCCGCGGUGAUGACUGACGGCCCCGAUUGUCAGGCGACGUGACUGUCCCCCGCUAAGAAGGUUCGUAAAGUCAGAUAAGAACUUCUCUUCUUCGACUAUCCCUAGCUCCUUGUGCCUUGCGGACAAAUGCACUUAUUCGUCGUAGAAGCGUUUCGGAAAAGGCAACCCGAACCGCCGAAGCCCGAUCUAGCGGAUUACUGAAAUAACUGUCAACAUACUACUAACAUGAUUUCAAACAAUCUGGAAGCUCAGAAGAAAAGGAGGCGUUCACCGGGAGAGGUGUAUUGGAGGUCUGUCGUUUCGAGUAGUUGCUUUGUCUACCCAUCUUCAGCGACUGGGAAUUCAUGCGCACAGCUCUCCUUUUAUGGCGCGCUUUGUUUGAUGCGUGGCCCGCCAAUGACGCCUGAAGAUGGGUAGACGAAAUAACUACUCGAAACGUCAGACCUCCAAUACACCUAUCCCGGUGAGCGUAUCCUUUUCUUUUAAAUCUGGCAGCUUUUUAACAAGCGGUAUGUCCACUCCACCGAAAUCGCGAAACCCAGUUAUUUUCCUGCUUAUUACCAAACCUCAUUUAAAAUAAGCUGGUUUCUUCUCUACUUUUUCGCUAUAAGUUCUCUUUAACAACGAAGGUUUCAUGGGACAUCAGUCGUUUGCAGGAAUUUGUCCAACCAAACAAAAGCACCCGUUUGCAUCUGCGCAACAUCAUUCCUUCUGGCAGUCUCACAUCAGCUAGGCAUUUACUAAGGAAAACAGUCAAGCACUCACUAACCAAGCCACGUCCAUUUACGUUUCAGGAUAUUUGUUUUUAAGGGGAUUGUCACCAGUUAAGCACGAACGACGACCUUCGGAAAGCGUUCACUAUCAAGGCAGGCCUGUAGGACCUGCAAGUGUAUUUCUGCUCGAGAGACCCGUUGGAUGUGAAUAAUUGUGUUACGGAGAAGCGCGCUUGGUCGGAUACGGGAAAGUGGACGUCCCCUCUCCCCCAGUACUGCGGGUGGCCUUACGCUAAGUUCCAGAAGGGUUCUCAUUCUUGUGUACUACCUUUAACUCAAACGAUAAACGGAGCACUAUACCUCGUAAACCUAAUCGUAACCAUAACCCUAUUUCUAAACCUCUGACACUAACCCAAGCACUAACCCCAAAUUCAACUCUUCCCGGAGUUUAUGGCAGAGCUACAGUAGGUGGGUUAACUCAUGAAAUGUCAAUCGAAAUUUCGAAAUGCGUUCUGGUUUCGAAAAGAUUAAUUAAGUAGGAUUGUAAAACUAAUCAUCAUGCGGCAUAAUUCUAUAAUGAUCCAGUUACCUUGGGUGCCGGUUUUCGAAAAACUUCCUUCGGGCUGCAUGCAAGAACUAUACUCUGCAAAAAAUGAUUACUUAAUUAACAAGCAAUUUUCUCAUUGAUUUUCGAUGCCCUUGAAUAUUCAAUUAUGUUUCUUGGAAAACAUACAUAAAAAUAUUCAUUGUUUAAUUUAUUCGGUAGAAAGUCACGUCUUCUUCCGAUUGUAUACUCGAAAGAAGAGUAUAAUUCGGUUUCAAAAAGGUUUCUUAUUGUGAGAUUUUUUUGUACCGUGAAAUGGCCUCUUUAUAAGACGCCAUGUAUUUGCAUUUACGAAUGUGGCUUGUAAAGGUGACAAUAAUGCUCGAAUGCACUGCUUAAUUUUAUGAGCCCCAUAUGGUCUCCUCUUAAUACCGUAGAGAAAUGCAUGGUUUUCUGUACACGGAAAAUAUACGGCUUGUAGUUUUGCAACCCUGAAUGCAAGUGUAACAGCAGGUCGGAUUCAAAAUUAUUCGAGAAUUAGAAAAGCUUUUAAAACCAAAUUAUAUUCUUCUUUCGAAUAUAAAAUAGGAAAAAGACGUGAUUUUCUACCGGGUAAGUGAAAGAGUGAAUAUUUUUAUGCAUGUUCUCCAUGAAACAUUAUUGAAUGUUUAAGGGCAUCAAAAAUCAACGAGAAAAUUGCAUGCUAAUUAAGAAGUCAUUUCUUGCAGAGUAUAGUUCUGGCAUUCAGUCGAAAUAAGUUCAUUCAAAAGCCGACACCCAGAGGUAACUGGUUCAUUAUAGAAUCAUACUGCAGACUGAUUAGUUUUACAACCCUACUUAAUUAAUCUUUUCGAAACGAGAACGCAUUUCGGAAUUUCGGUUGACAUUUCAUGAGUUAGCCCACCUACUGUACCUGUAAUGAGGGGAAUACAUAUUCCCGUACUUAUCCAAAACCGCGGUUUUCGCACACUAAUGACAAUCCUGGAAUUUGAGGUGGACUCUCCAACAAUGCUUUAUUAGCGAAUUUGUGUUGAUUAAACUACAACUGACUUGGUAAGGCAAGUUUGGUUACACGAUUGUCGAAAAGCUACGUCUCUAUUGGCUGUCGUUCUAGGGUCAAAAUGUGGAAUUGGAAAUAUAUUCCUCCAGAACGAACCUACUUGAGAAAAUUUUCCAUCGAAUAUUUCUGCCUGGAGUCCAGGGAGUCUUUAAUCCCAGCCAGAUAGUUUACUUUACGGUCCCAACAUAGGGACCGUCGACACUAGUUAAUCUCAAUAAGCCUCGUAUUUGCGGUUGGUCAGUUAAUUGUCACGGAACCAGGACAACAGAUGACGUUCGAGUGCCGGCGAAGGAUGGUCUACGACCCAUAAAUAAAAAAAUUUACGACCAUUGACAAAAGUGAAUUAUCGUCCCCAGCGUUGGGUUUUAGUUCCUUAGUGUGCUCAUCGGGCCGCUUUUAGCUCAUGAGGUCAACUCCUAUCGCCGCCUUGUCCUGUCGGGUGGUUUGCAUUCGUGAUUGCCCAAAAUCUUCUCUUUUUCCCUGUUUUCUAUCAUUUUUUACAAUUUUAGGCGAGACGUCAACGCCGAAAAACGCUAAUUCACUCGUGGUAAGUUUCCUUACGCACAGCGGAGUACAAAAUCAAACUUUUGGCUUAAAUAUCUUUAACCAUAAAACAAAGGUAGUUAGUCCCGGGGAACUAUAUUUUUCCGAUUUGUCAGUUACGUUUUCCUCUAAGCUCAGGCUAUAUUAUUGACUGCCUCCCUGAAAUGCUUUUAGAGAUCUACCGACAAAUGCCUAGUUGACACAGCAAACUUUGACAAGAUUUUCAAGUUAUUUUCAAAGUUCCACUUAUUUUCACCUGAUCGUGCCCACAACCUUAAGAAACUUAUUUCGAAAUCAGACCUAGAAUAACAUCGGACUUAAAAUACCUCCGUUCCUCUGCUGAGCUACGGCAGGUGGCUAACUCAUGAAAUGUCAACCGAAAUUCCGAAAGGCGUUUUCUUUUCGGAAAAAUUAAUUAAAUAGGGUUGUAAAACUAGUUGGCGUACAACAUAAUUCCAUAAUACUUCGGUUACCCCAGCAUGCCGGCUUUCGAAUGAACUUCCUUCCUGCUGCAUGCAAAAACUACACUGUAUAUAAAACUGACUGUUUAAGGAGCAUGCAUUUUCUAAUUGACUUUUGAUGCCCCUAGAAGUCCAAUUAUAUUUCAUGGUAAACCUACAUAAAAAUAUUCACUCUUUCGCUCAUUCGGUAGAUAAUUACGUCUUCUUCAAAUUUUAUGCUCGAAGGAGGGACAUAAUUCGGUUUUAAAGAAGUUUUCCGAUUCCCGAAUAAUUUUGGACCCGCUCUGCCGUCAUACUUGGUUUCAGGAUUUCCAAACUACCAGCCGUAUACUGUCGGCAUACUGAAAACCACAAAUUUCUCUAUUAUAAUAAACGGGGACCAUAUAGGGUUCGUAAAAUUAAGCAGUAGAUUUGAUCCAUAUCAUUCACUUUACAAGCCACAUUGGUAAAUGCAGAGAUGUGACGUUUCAUGAACGGCCAUUUCACGGUAUUUAAAAGUCCUACAAUUCGAAACGUUUUUAAAACCGAAUUAUGUCCCUCCUUCGAGCAUAAAAUUUGAAGAAGACGUAAUUAUCUACCGACUGAGAGAAAGAAUGAAUGGUUUUAUGCAUGUUUUCUAUGAAUUAUAAUUGGACAUUUAGGGACAUCAAAAAUCAAUGAGAAAAUACAUGCCACUUAGAUAGCCAUUUUUAUAUACAUUUUUGUGUGCAGCCGGAAGGAAGUUCAUUCGAAAGCCGACAUCCUGGGGUAACUGAAAUAUUAUGGAAUUAUGUUGUAGGCCGAAUAGUCUUACAACCCUACUUAUAAUUUUUUCGAAACGAAAACACCUUUCGUAAUUUCGGUUGACAGUUCAUGAAUUAGCCCACCUACUGUAUGUGACCUAACAUAAAGGGCAGAUCGAGGAGGCAUUGCAGUCUACUGUUCGUUUCACGGGAGACUGUUUUAUCUCCUCAGCUGGCAACCUUCCAAGCUACGGCUUUUGUUGCGUGAUAGAUUCAGGCGCGUUGAAGUUAUUCCAGUAGGGGAUGUGCCGAUUUGCGAUGGAGGCUUGUCCAGCGACCGCUACUUUCUCUCUCUCUCACUCUCUCUUCCCUCAUCUUUUAGCUGUGAAAUUUCCGGGCCUGUCCAGCCAACCAGUGACAAUAAUGGGCGCGGUGGCUCGGGUGGCAUAGGGCCUCCGCCUUUCGCUUGUUAAGCACGCGCGUACAACCAAUUUGGAUAUUUCGUCGGUCAUUACUGACGUUGAGGGCCACUGACAGUUCGAGCGUCAGUUCUGACGAUGUCCAUUCUGUCCCCCCCCCUCAGCAGGGUGGGCGCAGGGACGGUGACUUGCACGGGGAUGAGUUUAUAUUUGUAGCAGACUUUCGUAGCAUCUACCUCACUCUCUUCUCCUCCUCACCCACUUGAGGCCGGCGUCAAGACAGAAUCAAGAAGAUCGGGGGCGUGAGAGGGGACGCAGGUGGCUGGCGCAGCGGGAGCCUGCACCUAGGAGUGUCAUCACACUCCCCUCCCACUUGUAAAAUUUAUUUUGGGCGCGCUGUCUGCCAUGUCCUGACCUAGUCGUCGUGUUGGUCCAGUACAUCUACCGCGUAGCCCCGUUUUAGGGACUUGGAUGACCUUACUGUAGAGUUCAAAUGUGAUAAGUGGAUUGCUAUAGUGAGUUCGCAUUUUGCCGGAAAUGUCUACGCGGCGGUUGGGUAGGCGCGGACGCAGAGAACUCGAGGUAAUAAUGGAUGAUAUUGUUUGUAAUGUUAUCGUGCAUGUGAAUUUGCUCCAGGAACUAGUUCUUCCGUCGCGCUGCGAUUUUAAUGCGCGUCGUGAUUAACGUCCUUUGGGUCCUGGCAACGUCGCUGUGGCGACUGGAACGAGGAUGACCGACAAGGCGGGAGAACUGUCCACAGUGAUUAAAGCUGGUGGUAACGAUGAUGCUUGGUUGUGCAUGGCUCGAGUUGGUAGUGGCGACAUUGGGGUGAAACCAAAGGUGCUCAGAAGGACCUAUUCCUGUCCCGAGUGGGCGUUGACAGUAGGAACUCGAGUGUUGGUGUGCGUCAUUCCAACUUUUGGUAAGAUGUGGUCAUGUAGCCGCACCUGCUGGACACAAUACUGUUGACUUACUUAAUUAUUAUGAGUUAGGUUGGCAUGGCAUUGCUGUGCGUUGCGGUGUGUGUUCGGGGUUAGGGUUAGGGUUUGGGGUUAGGGUUAGGGGUUACGACUAAGGGAUAGGAUUAGGGGUCAUGGAUAGGGGUUAGGACAACUAUUUCUCAGCCACUCAAAGUACAACCGCGCAUUCCCAUUCUUCACAACGUGGCUAUUCCGCCGCAGUUGAAUUUUCUUCAGCAGAGCAUAGACACUAGCCUCCAUCACUUUUGUGCCCACUAUGCGUUCCUGCUACCUCUUCUUUGAUAUUUUCGAAGAUAGCUUUAGUGGGUGUGAAUGGACAUCCUCGUCAGAUGUGAUAAAUUUUUUGCAUGAAAGCGGUUUCCGCGGUAUGGCCACUGCGUGGGACACAGCGUCUGGGGAGCCACGGACGAAAUCUGGACUCCGAUUAAGGGCGGGGCAGAGCGACCUCCACUUGCAACAGGGUUUGCGGUUUGUUAGUUUCCUCCAAAUGGACUGCCAAACAGUCUCCUGGCAUUUUACGAUGAUCCAAUCGCGUCUUAGCUCUUGCAGUCAAUGUUUAAUUCUAUGUAUUUUUUACAGGUGGAAUCGCAAAAGAAGGUGUUUUAUGAUUGUUUCUACUGGGUCACAAUCUCGCAUUCGAAGUAAUACUUCAAAGGCAACAACGACAGAUGCAUAGUUAUCGUGAUCUGCCCGAUUUCUCUGUGUACACAUUUGUCCUUGCAAAUGCACUUCAGUUGCGAAUCUCCUCAUUGAAUUAUUAUACAUGCAGAUAGGGCCUUUUAAUUGAUGCAGAUAGAGGUUAAACAUAACCCCAACACUGUAUUUACCCGCUUUGGGAGUCUUGAACGAUCGCCUCCUUCCUUUGCUAAGAAUUUCUUCUGAUACGUGAAAACUUUUUCGGCCGAGGACAAUCAUCAGUCCUCUGGGGUAGGACGCCAAAUAUAACUUCGAUGACCCCUUAAGCAGAUAGGGGCGCUAUAUUGAUUCAUGUGGUGAGGCACGUGUAGAUGGGCUGUUCAGCUCUGCCAACAUCUGCGACCAAUCCCGCCUCCGGCUGUUUUGAGAUUGUCUUGUCAUCGAGCAGGAUGGUUCUAGGAGGCGAGAAUGCGUUAGAUGCCGCGUAAGUCUGCCUCACUGUAAACUUGCUAAGUCUCACGUCACUGGUAUUGUGCCCAUGCCGUGGAUAGCGCAGUUUUCUUCGUCGUUUGCGUGAUUCCAAUUGUCAGGCGACUACAGGUGCAUCAUUGCAGAUAUCGGAAAAACGAUCUUUCAUCGAAGGUGAAAAAUACCUACUGAAACAAAGUUAUUGGGAGAUUUGUUUUACAUUUCAUUUUCUAAUGAUGUGAUAAGUGCAGUCGGGAUGAUAAAAGAAAUCCUGGGUAUGACGACCGGGGCAAGAAAAGGCGGAAUUCUGCAGGGAUGACUCGACUACUUCAAUUAAUCGGGUAAAAAUGACCCAUUAUCCGGUGAGCUGACAAACGUCGUGAUGACUGCACCAAUCAGCCAUGUCACCACCACCACCACCACCACCGUCCUGCCAACAGCACCGGGGAUGAUAGAUUUAAGGUGCUUUUUGCUUCGGUAUUCUAUUGUCAUAAAUUGCAGCCCUUGACAGUGGACAAUAGUUCCAACUGCUCCAGACAGCAGACGGUUAAUGCAGUUUUCCCGGGAUCUCCCCCUCCCCGAAGGGGUUCAUAAUCCUGAAAUAUGGCUGCGAAAUAAUUUGCCUGCAUGCUCUAAAAGGACCAUUUAUGCAGUCGGAGUAGUCACAGAGCUAAGACAAGGGGAAGAAAGAGAACUGGGCUACCUCUCGCGUCCUAAUCCCACCACCCUUCUCUGACAUCGUUCCAUCUUGACAGAUGGAAUUACUCCUAACACUAACUUUUCCCCAUUUCUAGGCAGGCACUUCCAGGCGCCCAGCAACCGCGAGGGGGGCGGUGAAGGACAAAUCCCCUGUGAAUGAAACUCGCAAAUCAGCUUCAGUGAUACCUGCUGUACGUGCCCUCGCUGCUCCAAUUUGACUAUUCUGCCUGCUGUUUCGAUUAUGUCAUAUGUGCACGUGAUAGCCCUCUAGUUUUAAGGGUCAUUUUUGUACAGGAAGCGAUUAACAUAGUCGGCAGUUUUGGCAUUUAAAAUGCCCUGUUAAAACAGACUAUGCAGAGUAGGAAAUGUACACAACCCAAGAAUUCAUGUCGCAGCCACGCCUGCCAGAUGUAGCAUUUGCGGUUUGGAAACCCGAAAAGCACGUGCAACGGUAGGUGGGGUCCCAGACUGUUUGGCAAUUGAAAGCUUAUUUAAACUGAAACACGCCUUUCCUUCUGAUAAAAGACUUGGGGCAGGUGUAAUUUGUCGUAGCACAUCAGGAAAGGAUAGUUUUGUACAUUUAUUUUUUAUAAGAUAUGCUUGGAUUUCUAAAGGCGUCGGAAAUCAAUUAAAGAAGUCCAUUCUACUCAAAUAACCGUUUUCUGGAAGAUGCGAUCUUCAAAGACGACCAGAAAGACGUGUAUUUAGAAGCCAGACAUCAUGGCAUGUCUGAAAUGUCUUGUGGUUAUGCUGCAUGAUAAUCAUUUAUAUAACCCUCGCCUAAGUAAUCCUUUCUAUGCGAAUUCGCAUUUCAGAAUUUCAGUUGACAUUUCAUGAAAUACGUCACCUACUGUAAUAAUUGGUCUAUGCUCCUCUCCCCAUAAUUCCCACGAAGAGGCUCUUGUCGCUUAAACCAAAUCUAUUCACUGCAAGACUUUCAACCAGUCAUGCAAUCUGCUCGGGAACCGCCCUCUGCCACAGUGCAUUGAUAAAGACAACCAAUCAAAACAAUGCAUCUCAAGUAAAAACAGGAGUGCACAGUCCUAGCAAGGCUAAUGCUAAUUUUCCGAAGAAAAAAAACAUUUUUUGGAAUCAAUAAGAAGCAAAAAUGUAUACGAUGCCGAAUCCUAUUCAAACCGAGAAAGUAAAAAUAAAUAAGUGAGAUGGAGUACUUAGAAUAACAUUUAAGCACGUGUUUUCUAUAUUCAAUGUCCUAACGUUCCUACGGCAUCAGGUAUAAUAUGUAGCAGGACAAAUAAACGACUAUUAGCUGCUGAACAAACAUCGACGACGGUAUCGUAUUUAGUCCCACUCUUGAAAUGGGUAGGCAGGACGCCUUUGACCCAUAAACCCAACACUAAAACCUUAACGUUGAUCCCAACACUAACCCCAGCCCUAACCUUAAUCCCAAACCUAGCACCAACGCAAACACUAGCAUUAGGGCCUCACUACCAUUACCGGUAGCUUUAUACAUUGGCUGCAUGUGGAGCUUGGGGAAAAGUUACUUUUAACGUUAAUAUUACUGUCAGGGUUUUGUAACCGUUACCACAUAGUGCAUUACUCAAUCUGCUACUGGGCAAACCGUAAAAUAAUUGGGUAAGUUUUGUCGUAACGAUUAGGUGGAGCCACAUUCCAUACGAGCACUCAGGUAUCCUCAAAAUGAGACGCAGUGCUUUUUAAGUAAAAAAAUAUCUCUCUUCGCGUUGUUGGCGAUAUGAAUGGUCAAAGCAUCUCUCUUGCUAUGCUGUCCUCAAUUAGUAUAGAGGGGUUCUGGGCUUAAUGGUACAUCUAAUCUAUGUUUGUCUGUAGAUUUCGUCUCAGUUAUUGGUUCCCCAUCACGAUUGGGGUUGAGCUCUGACUGGUUAGAUGUCAGUGUCAAAUUACCUAGGCGAUCUAUUAUGAAUUACCUGUGUAAUGUUUACUUCUCCCGUAAAUUUGACAAAUUUGUCCAAGGACUUGGGAUCAGAAAAAAUUUCAAACAGUUCCUGUCGCACGGUGCCUUAUCUGUCAUUGUAUAUUUUUGAAUAUUAAUAAUUGAAGGAAGGGGAAUAUUUUAGCAUUAAAUUAGUUCAUUAAUCUGAAUUCUUCGAAAGUUGGCCGGCAAUUACGAUCUUUCCCAGAGUAUCCAGACCGUUUUCUGAGCAUAUUUUUGGUAAAAAUUUCACACUUCUCUUCAUACUGCUUAGAGGUAAUAUCCUGAGUGUAAAAAGGGUCGGGUAAUAUGUGGUUAUCUAGCCCCACCUGAUGGACACAAUACUGUUGGUGUCGGAUUUAGGGGGUUAGGGUUAGAGGUCAGGGGGUAGGGCAACUAUUUUUCAACCACCAAAAGUACAACCGCACAUUCCCAAUAGGCUUCCUUUUGCAUACAAAUACAUGAGCCCGUCGCCUGUUCGUUCCCCGACCCCACUGUAAAAACCCCUAUUGCCACCGGUCCCGUAUUACCGGUGGUUGGGGUUUGUUUACCUCAGGUGGGGCUACAUAACCACAUCUGACCAAAGGUUAGCCAGCAUGUUGCGGCAUGGUAGUGGGCAUGAAAUUAAAUGUCAUUCCUCUCGAAAAUUGUUUUAUCUGUGCAGGUCUCCUUAACGACUUUUUCAGUUUUUCAAGUCCUUGGUGUAUACUGUAUGGCUUCAUUUUUCACAUUUCAACAACAAAUUUUCAAUUUAUUUUGACGCAACUGUUGAAAUACCGGCGACCUCGGUAGAAUUCAAGCCCACGAUAGCAAGGCGGAGGCUUUAGUACAGCCAACGCCCUAGCUACCUGAGAUGUGAGGCCCCAUCGGGAGCCGUGAGUUUAAUCGCAAUUGGGUCAAACUAAUUCAUCCGGAAUUUGCCAAAACGCUUACUUAUUACGUGAGCCUUGCAGAUAUCUGAUGUAUUCUUGGUCGUUUACUUAGAAAACCCUGCUUGGAAAGUCAGCUUUCUUUAUCAGAUUUUAUGGAUUGCAUACGUUACAGCGGGCUGGGCGGGUAACUUGACCCAAAUGUGAUCAAACUCACGGCUCCCAGUGGAGCAGACUAGACCGUUGGCUGUACUCAACUCUUUUGCAUGCUGUCGUGAGUCUAAAUCCCACCGAGGUUGAUGAGUUUUUUUGUAGAUGGAUCAAAAUAAAUUAUUCAAAAUCUGCCAAAACACCUAUUAGAUUUUCAAUUGUUCUGAAUGCCAGCAAUUUGGUCGUGAUCGCAAACAAGAAUUCACUGGUAAAACCUCGUAGAAGCCACUGUCUUUGCUGAAUUGUUUGGUCAUAUUUGCUGGAAUGUAUUCAGUUUUCCGACGUCCGUGAAUCUGCCGUUUUACUUGCAGCUCUAUGACACACCUUCAUUAACCCAGUUCGUGAACUCGACGCCCAAAGAUAGCCCAGAUCCCACGGAAGCCAAAUUAGCUCAACGCAUAAAGCACCUAGAAGUGGAGCUGGAUGGAGCGAAGAAACUUCUUCAAAUGGCCAAACGCUACCACCAGGAGGAAAUCAAGCUCCUUGAAGAAUCUCACGCGUACGUGUUUUUCCCAACCGUCACAAUUUCUGCACUAGUCUUACAUUAAUUUUAAAGCCUACUUAUGACUUAAAAGUAGACGACUUCAGUAACGGAAUUCUUUGUCUUCACUAGGAGCAAAGUCCGGCUGCUAGAAGAGAACUCCGCGCGUCGGGAAAAACAGUGAGUGGUCGUUCUUCCAUUAACUUGCCCGGUUAGUUUUGGAGCACAUUAAAAGGUUCGCUUUGAGAAUACAAGUUCCAUCAGAAACCACAUGUGGAACACCGAUAAUUAAAAAACCCCUGAUGCGGUACUCUCUGCCUUCGUGGUGUUCCAAAUCUCGGCAAGCAUUUCAUCCUCCUUUCAGGACAACUGAAGUCCGGACCGUUGCAUUUUCCCUGGGUCUAACCCAUAGUCGUUAAUUAAAACGCUCUGUUUCGGACGCCACUUGCUUCACCAUCCACGAACCCCGCUUCUUCGUUUUCAGUAAGCAACAAAAUUCAUGAAAGGUGGACUUUAAUCGUCGCACAUUCUGUUCAAAUGUAGAAUAUUACUUUAGCAAGGAGACGGUACUGAUUGGAAGGAAACUCAAGCAAGUGGUCGAUUGAUACCUGACGGCAUGCAUGCCUUCGUUUGAUUAUGUUUCCGGCCACCUGUUUCACUUAGGGGUUUUUAAAUGGGUAACUCAUGUACUUUGUUCUCAAGUAACUUCCGAUGCCUCUAAAAAUCUAGCCUUUUUCCCAGAAUUUACGGACACAGCGCCAUUUUUUGUUAAUAUUUGAAAAUUACUCCUUUCAGAGCUUAGAUUCUGGACGCAGCACAGUUUCUUCUUUAAAAAGUUAUUGGCUGACAGGCUGGCAAACGAUUGUUUUCGGCAAUUCCUCGCUAGACCAGUAAAUCAAUUCAAUGAAAUGGCUAGACGACAAUCCUGCCUUAAGUGAUACUGGGUCUAUUUAUGAAAUGUCGGUCGGCCUUACGGGGUUUUAGCGCCUACUUCAAAAAGUAUCGGGUGCAGUCCCCUCACACGCGUCUCCUGGUCCAAUUCAAUUCCUCACUUCCUCUUGACCUCAGUCAAGUGAAUUCUCUUUCAGCCUGAAGGAGGAGAUGGAAUUCAGCAUCGGUCAGUUUCGUGAUCGUAUUACUCAAAUGGAGCAGUAUCACGAGACACUGCGCACAGAAUUGGUGACCACCGUCGCUGCGGCGAAGAGUGAUGCUACCAAGACUGUCCAAUCGCUUCGGGCCGAGCACAGGUGAGAGACUGUUUUUAACACGCCUGCCUGUCGGUGUAUCUGUUGAAUUGUUGUAUUAUGAAAGUCAAGUUGGCAAACACGCGUUUUCGGUUAUUCUACCUCAGGCCAAUGCAAUUACAUGAAGCAAGUAAAAUGUACAAAAUCAACAGUGUUUAUAGAUGCCUCAAGGGCUAUUAAGUCACUAACACUCAUCAUCCCCACGCCGCCCGCAUGACAAGGUUGGCGGGUGUUGGUCCUCAGAGCUAGGGGAGGGGGGUAAGAGAGUCUUUGAGUGAUGUUCUUGGAUUGAGUACACGGAGUACUCAUCACUGUAACUAGGGAUUUGAGGCGGCAUGUCAUCAUCACUUGGGGUUGGCGUUGGCCACGGCAGAGAGAGCGCUUGUGUCAGGGUUUUCUGACAGCAUAACACCGGAUUCGCUAGCCUUAUAGCUACUGCCUCGGCCGUUGCUAGUAUCCGCUCGCGUAGGCCUUUAGAGAAGCAUGUUGGUGUCCGAUAGACAACCUAAAAUGCUUCCUUGGUAUCGACUCGGUGAUCCGUAUCGAUUAAAUGUGCGAGAAUAGAACUCGAAAUCGACCGGUUCUCACCUCUAUCUAGCCAGGAGGGCAUAUGUUCACGCACCCUCUUUACCAGGCGUCUCCUUGUGCGGCCGACAUAAGCACAGUGUUUAGGAGGGUUUGCAAGAUCGUGGUCUUUGAGUCGGCUGAGGCGUUGCAUAUUCUUGAUUUUUUUGACUGUUGAAGGGCUGUGCAGCGCCAGAGUUCAAAAAUCCUAGAGUUGACUUGUUUACGAUCACGUCUGUCAGUUCUAUUUAGAUUUAUUAGGUACCGAUCGACCUGGCAGCAUGUAGCCUUAUGAAAAUGGUUGUUCCUACGACGGUGAAAUCAAGCCAAAUCUCGUUUUUCUUGUUGAACCGCAUCUCAUUCAACUCAAACGAGUCAAGAAUACUAAGAAUCCCUGGAAGACUGUCUUGAAAUCCAUACUCCGAAUUUAGGCUGUCGACAAACCGCAAUAUAUGAAAUUACAGUAAUUCUUAAGGGAUUUCUAGAUGUAAACUUCACUAGAACAGUGUCUUUAAACGUUAUUUCAUUUGUGCUUUCACAAUGACUCCGUUUUCUGUUCGAGAGGACAUUUUUCAUAGCUGAAAACUAAGUUUACCAAAUUACAGCCAUUUUGACGUUUUCGGGAUUUUACGCUCUUCUAGAAAAAAUCGGCAUGUCGAUUUAGUAGUUCUUUUAUGUUUUUAAUUCUUUCAAAGUUGUACUAAAUUAACAUAGAUAUUGGUUCCAUGAAUUGGUGUCGGCUUGCGAGUGAUUGGCAAUUAUUCGUACAGUUCGUUACAUUUCAUGAAUUAGGUCAUAUACUGUAUCUUCAGUGACCAACCUCAUGAAAGGGUAUCUUUCGGUUUUAAAGUGUUUCCCUCUUCCAGAAGAAUCGUGAGCCCGAUCUGCCGUUGCAUUUGGGCUUAGAAUUUUCAGCCUACUAGCUGUAAACUUUAGGCGUGAGGAAAAACCGAUUCCUUUAUGCCGCUAAGUAGAUACCAUUUAGGGCUCACGAAAUUUUGCAGUGGAUAUGGACUAUGUUGUAUACUUCAUGAGGGCCAUUAUUAAACAGAUAGAUACAAUAAUAUCUGAAUGCAUAUUGCAUAGCCUUAAAAAUCUCAUAAUUAUAAACGCUUUUAAAAUUGAGAGAUACUCUUUCGUUGAGUACGAAAUUUGAAAAAAAAAGUGAUUUUAUUAUCAAAAGGAAGGAAUAUUUUAUGCAUAUUUUUAAUUAAUAUUUUUGAACUUAUGAAGGCAUUGAAAAUCAGUAGGAAAAAGGCCUUCUAUGUAAAUAGUCAUUUUUUACUGAGUGUGGUCGCUCCAGUUGUCGAAACUCGGCAUGCUGCCCAUGUCGGAGCAAAAUUCCCCGAAACUCGGAAUCGCGUCCACCGCGUCAAUCUUGAUUUUCGACUCCCGGUUGAUCGUCCGGUAGGACACGAGACUUGGCGCCUCUCCGUAUUACAAAUGACAUCGCACCAAGUAACAGGGAGGUUAGGGUAAGGGAUGGGGUUGUGUUCAGGGUUAAGGUUAGGGUCGGAGUUCAAGUCACUGCUGAUGUUACGGUUUGGGUUGGGGUUAGGACACGAGAACGUGUACCCUUCCUGAAAUUUAGCACAAAAACCGCCUGUCCUACAGGGUGAUUCUUGUCACACGAGAGUUCGACCGUCGGUUUCGACGAUGUCCACCGUGUGCUCCACAGCAAGAUUGAGCAGGGACGGUGACUUGCACGUGAAUUAGUUUAAAGUGACAGUGGACUUGCACAGCAUCUACCGCACUCUCUCCUUCCCACUCCCCACCUGGGCCCGGUGUCAAGACAGAGUCAAGAAGACCGGAAGUGGGGGGAGGGCGCAGGUGGCUGGCAAGGUUGGAGCCGUACCUAAGCGUGCCCCCACACCCCCUACACCACACAGCAAAUUACCAGAAUUUUUCGCCAACAACAACAACAUCCCAACAAUGGCCAGAGCGACGAGGGUGACUGGGCAGCCGUGCCAGCCACCUGUAUACCUAGUGAGGGCGCAAGCGCAUCUAUCUGCAGGGAAUCAGGUGUCGGGUAGUUGCCAACGUAUACCAGGCUGCGAGGGCCAUGGUUUGCUGGUACUGGCAUAGCACACGUUUACAAACCUUUUGACCUAGAAGGGCGUCAUUCUUGUUCGGUCCAUAAACUUCUGGUUGACCGGAUUAUUAGCUCGCUUUAGGACAGAUUAUAUCAGAGGCAAUUUUAGCAUUUGAAUACCAGAAGUUACUUGGGCCCGACAUUCACCAAUCUGGUCUGGACGCGAACCAGCCGCUUCAUUUGGACGAUCCUCUUGAAUGGUUUUAUAGCGCGAGUCAUCAUCACACGACAAACGCUCCAGGCAGUCUCAGACCAUGCCAUUACUAGACCAGACACCGUUUUACUUCUUGAUUGUCCUUCUGCGUCACCCUAGCGCUGAAAUGGAGGCCCUACUCACCAAAAACCAACAGGCCCUGGCAAACCUUCGACAGGCCACGCUGGAGGAAAGCAAAGCCAUCUCCGAACUGCAACCCAGUGCCCAAUCGCUGCGUGAUCUGCUGGAGCAGCUGGUCCGGGCUGCGGGCGAUUUGCAGAAGGGUGAGGAUGAGCGGCAGGUGGCGGCUGCACAGCGCAUCGGCCAGCUGGAACGCAGGGAGGAGGCCCUGCGUCAGGCGGAGGAACGUUUGCGAGUCAGGGUUAGUUUUUUUUUGCUUCAAUCGUCUCUGCCAAUCAGGGCUAGGCAAUCUCACAAAACACAUCGCAGUACUUACCGGAGCCUAGGUGACGUUGGAACCAAUCAGAAACCGUUGUUUCUGAGUGGGUUGCUUAGGCAAAGCUCUGAAUGGCGGUGGGAGAUCGAUGUAUAUUGUUGAUUAGAUGUGGACAGGAUUGAGACGCUUAAUCCCCCUCGUGUGUGCAUGUGUGAUUCUCGAUUCUUCACCAAAGUCUAACCGAUAUUUUGCUUUCAAAGAUCAGUUACGCAUUAUUUUUGUGAAAUUCCAACGCACAACUCCAUGGAACUCCGGUUAGUAGCUCUCAUAACGUGACACGCUAUAGUUGUGCAUGUUUUCUUCACUGCGUGCCCCAAGCGCGAGUGAGAAGGCAUGUUUGUGAGGAUGUUCUGUGCGAUCAUUCUGUAUAGUUUAAUGACGGGCAGUUUUAACCUAACUUAUCUGUUAUUCCCGACUGCUCCAGUGCGUCUGAAGUCGUUUUGAAGAGCGUCUCGACACAGUUCCGCUCCUGAGAUAUCAGAUGGUUGCUGUGGGGCCUAACCAGUUAGUGUUUGAUUGCCUGUCUAUAUGUUUUUGUUUUAUAUUCGUCAUCACUGCUAUUGUCUCCCUUAUCGGUGGACUUUUUAUGCGAAUUUGAAGGCUAAAUCCAAAAAAUACAUGCGGUUCCAUCACUGAUUCUAUUAGAUGUUACUUUCGACAGUAAUUUUGGUUAGCCACAACCCGUACUCAACAGAGACAACUUUGGAAGGAGGAAAGACCCGGGAUGUAGGAAUUGGCUUCUAACAAUGGCAGGAAAACUGACCGACCGUGAGAUAUAUAUUCAGUCUUUGUGAGCCCAAAAUGACUGUUAUUGAAGCUUUAUCCGUGGAUUAUCUUUUUCUGCCGUAUCUGCAGGCUCAGAUGGUCGUUUGGAAAGCCAUUAAAGCCAAUAAGUUGAGCCUGAACAGCAUGACCUGAUCAAUCAGAACACAUUUUAACGUAUGCGAACAGAAGUUUACGUGCAGGGUGAAGAGCGAGCAUGCUCUACCGUCAAUGCUUGCCUCCCAUAUGACUGUUUCGUGUUGGCAGACCUUCUUAACUAUGCGACGUAUUCGGUUCCGUCCACGACACUGGACGAUCACGAGGGCGUCCAGGUAGGGUAUGGCCUACUUUUGGCGUGGUACAGUAGAUGGGCUAACUCAUGAAAUGUCAACCGAAAUUCCGAAAUGUGCUUCCAUUUCGAAGAGGUUAAUCAAAAAGGGCUGUAAAACCAAUAAUCAUACAGCGUAAUUCUAUAAUAAUUCAGUUAACUCGGUAUGCCGACAGGGGUCAGAAGGAAGAGGGUGAUUAGGCAGCCGUGACUACUACCUGUAUGUCCAGCGGGAGCGCAAGCACAUCUACCGGCAGGGAACUAGGUGUUGGGGAACUGCCAGCGCAUACCAGGCUGCGAGGGCAAUGGUUUACUGACGCUGGCACAGCACACGCUUUCAGACCUUUUGACCGGUCUGCGCCUUCCCACACAUCAUUCGGCCCCCCGCACAGCCUCCCAGGAUGGGCGGCUCGGCCUAGUUAUUCUCUUGACAGAACAGUAUUCUGUCCCGGUUGAUAUCCACCCUUAUUUCACUGUCCGUUAGCCUCGAUUCUGUUCGCAAGACGGGUGGAACUUCUCGUGAAUUUCCAACUGGAAAUUGGGUUCAUUUGAUCGAGAGGAGGUGCCUUCAAACUUACUACAGCAACUUUUUCUGUCGGAGCCUACCUUUCUGUAUGCAUCGUUUAUCUUUUUUAAUUCAGGAAAAGGAUCUUGAAAGUGCCCACCACUGCUUGACCGAACAGGUCGCCAAGCUUGAAGUGCAACUUAGAGAACAGUCAAAGCUCCUAGCGGAUGUAAGUUCCUUCUCGCCCCCCCCCCCUCCCCAAAGGACCUUUCGGGUUUUUUCCCACUUAAUGACUCGGUAAAGAAAUUCUCUCGUUCUUCUUAUUAGAGUGUUUACUCACUGUCUACAAACACUUGCUAAACAUAUUUUCAUCGUAAGCUACAGAAGAUCGGUAGAGGUACACAGUGAUAAAAUUCGUAUUUUUAUUUCUGAACUGGAAUCACUGACCGUCAUUCCAUAUUAAGCUACUAUACCACAGGGCCGAUGCGAUAUCUUUCUCCAACCGCGCAUCCCCCAUACAUUGCAGCCCAUCUUGAUCUACAUAGACGAGCCAGUUACCCUGUUUAAUGUAUACGAUCCACGAGAGGUUUUAGACAACCAGACCUGAUUAGAGCAUUUUGUGCAAAGGCAACUUGCAUGGUGGUCGGUAGAUUAUUAUCAAACCUUGCGCCUCCCACCCACUGAUCUUUCUUCAGUAGCCGAGCGCAUCGAUUUCCCAUACCGGGAAGUUCGCGCGGUCUCCGAUUCCCAACUGCCGUUAUCGAUUUUCAAACCAGGAGCUUAGAUCAAUUUUCAAAUGCCUGAAUGAGGAAGUGCUAGCUGUAUAUGACAGCGUAAACUGAACGGAAAUCGCCAUUAAUCGAUAAGUUUUAUCGGCGCUGAGUGAGAAGAUUGAAAUGGCUAUUUCUGGCUUAGUAGCCGUCACCCGGUACCCAUAAACCAGCCCCGGCAUAGAGCCACCUGAUUUUUGAGCCCCAGUCGCGUUGAUCAUUGAAUUAAAUGCCUUAACUGUUACGCCACGAACUCACGCCGUUUUAUUUUCGAUUGCGAAACUCAUGCACCAUGUAACAGUGACGCCCUGAUCUAACUGGAUUUCAGGAUGAAAUCUAGUCCCUCUUUCCGACCUUACACUUUCUUGAAGUUCCCAGACUAGAAAUUGCGGGUAACUCCUCGUCUAAGAUCAGAAUAAUUGAGUGCUUUUCCAACUAGCUGACCCUACUCGGUCUAGACAAUAAAAUAUGAUCUGAUGCUCUCGUGAGUUUUCUUUUAAUGACAGUUGAUGUGCACGGAUUUCAGCCCCUGGAAUUCUCAAACUGACUGGCCGAUCGAUCAAUCUGCUUAAACUCCAAGCGCCGUGCAUGUUUGGUACAAGUAGAACGUACUUAUUUGGGAUCAGUUGCGUGCUUUAAGAAGGAGCCAUUGCAGCCUGGCUCUCAGUCCUGCGAAGGAACGAGUUAUCCCAUCAGUUUGCAGCCUUCAGGACAGACUUGUCUGAAUGUGUUUUCUCGCCCGACAGACUAGCCAGAUGGAACAUUUCUGGCCUUUUCGUUAUGGUCAGUCAAAUUGCAACCCAUCCAGGCCGAGGGCCUAAAACGUGCGCUCAAAUGGGCCCCUUUAAGGUGAUUGAGUAAACUUCGAAGUUCCAACUACCCAAUCACCUGCCCAUGAGAUGCUUGUUGUAAUUGGAUAUGUCGUCACAUUGAUAACAAAGUGCAGGGUAAGAAGCACUCGGUUUGCUGCAUGUAGUCAGGACGUUGACUUAUCAGGCAGCAUUAGUCUUGUUGCACAGUCGUCGUUGUCAGCCAACCAUGCCCAGCCCCUCUGACGGAAACAGCUUGAAUUAAGACACGACUUCGGUAGGUAUAACGUCAUAUUCUCCACCAUAAAGGACACAGGCCCAUACCUGGCGGCUGCGAUCGGGAGCAAUCGAAGUACCGCCGGCGGUACGUCGACUGAGCUGACUUAUAGCCCAGUAAUGAGCUGUUAGUCAGGCGUGUUUCUCGACUUUGAGUUUGAGAUACGGCUGAUCGAGAACGGUAAACAAGCCAUAAAGUGCCAUUUCAAGCUGUUCUGGGACGGAUCUUCACGGCCUACCUAAACGCCCAUACUCCGUCCAUCAAUCGGAUCAGGUCUUCAAAUGCCACACCCCUGUGGCCGUCGCAUCUCAGGCGGUUUUGUGUCAUCGAAACUAUCGAAUCCAGCCGCCUCAGGGAGACUAAACCAGGUUGCACAUUCGAUUCACGUCGGGGUCACCAAUUUGGGAUGACUUUGAUGGUGGGUGUACCUUAACCACCACAAUAAUCAUGGACCAGAGCCUUUUAAGAGGAGACACGUAAAGGCACCAGUAGAACGCGUGAAUUUCGUUCAGAAGCUCGUUGGUGGCCAGAGCACUGAUGCCCGGCCGGCUCUGGGCCUGCACGCACGUCUUUCCAUUAGGGUGACCUUAACAUGAAUGGCUAAGUGUUCUGUGAGGGCCAGUCAGUGUCAGUUUGGUGAGUCGAUAGGGCGAUUGCAUAAUUUUUGGCCGCCUCUGAUUGACCGCCCUCGAAGCUAAAUGCGCUCAUGUUCCAGCCGCUCAAGAAUCGUGAGCAAAUGAAUCCUAACGUGGCCUAUGAGCCAGAGGUGAAAGGCCUAUACGCGCUUGAGGCGCUACAGGCUCCCUUCUGGCCUGCUGUUAUCAGCUUGGCAAAUUGGUUCUACUUUUAG